AUGAUAAUGAUGCUUAGUCAAUGUACAAUAAUAUUGUCAACAAUUUUACUAUCAUUAUUGAUUGAAAAUACAAAUGCACAAUUAAGACCUAAUGCAUCAGAUGCUCCAGCACCACCGCAAGGAUAUGAUUAUUUAGGCAGUCCACGGCUUUCUGUACCAAAUCCUGGAUAUGGAAAUGGAAAUGGAAACGGAAAUGGUUGUAAUUGUAAUCAACCGUGUUUUUGUAUAGCUCAAAAAGGCGAUCAAGGACCAAGUGGACCUACAGGACAACAAGGAAGUAGAGGACCCGAUGGUAUUCCGGGUCCCGAAGGACCAGAAGGCAUGAAAGGAGAAAAAGGUGAUAGGGGUCUUCCGGGAUUGCCAGGUCAAAAAGGAGAUAGAGGACGAUCCGGUGAACCAGGAAUGCCAGGUCAUCCUGGAAUGCCCGGAAUUCCAGGACCACAGGGUCCAUCAGGAUUACCCGGUCGUGAUGGAUGUAACGGUACCAGAGGAGAUAGUGGAAGACCUGGUUAUAGUGGACAGCCUGGAAUACCUGGUGAACCUGGAUUACCUGGACCUCGAGGACAGAAAGGUGAACCAGCUCAAGCAUUACCAGGAUUUAAAGGCGAAACAGGUGAAACCGGACCUCCAGGCUUACCAGGUGGAGCUGGAUUACCGGGAAAUCCAGGCGUAAUUGGCCCACCAGGACCUUCGGGUUACCCUGGUCAAGAUGGUCAAAAAGGAGACCGUGGAACUCCCGGACAACCAGGUAACCCUGGAUUAGGACUCAUGGGACCACAAGGUGCAAAAGGAGAACCGGGACCAGCAGGACCACCAUCAACGUCGAUUGAAUAUUUUCAAGGAGCAAAUUAUUCAUAUUUACAUCCCCAGACAGUUCAAGGUGCACUUGGCCCAAAGGGUGACAUGGGCCCCAAAGGAGAACCUGGCGAAAGCGGCUAUCCGGGUUCACCAGGUCAAGCAGGUCCAGCAGGAUUGAACGGAGUACCGGGCCCAGUUGGACCAAGAGUAAGUAUUUAUCAUAAAUCGUUUAUUGAAAGUAUUCGUGUAUUUAUCAAUUUUAUUCAUAAUUUACAACUUUUAUUUAAGGGUUACAAUGGUAUGCCAGGUCCUGCUGGUUUUCCAGGACAAGCAGGCGAUCGUGGCUCGCCAGGAUAUCCUGGACAACCUGGUGCACCGGGAAGACACGGACAAAAUGGAAGUCCGGGAGAUAAAGGAGACAAAGGUUUUCCUGGUAUGCCUGGCGUUUGUUCAGCGGUACGUUUUUCAUUUAUAAAAAAUUAUAAUGACGAUCGCUUUUCUGUACUUCGUCAAAUAUUUUCAUAUUUGAAUAAAAGAUUUUCGAUUAUUCUAAAUAAAAAUAGUUAUGUUCUGUUGUGAGAAGAAAAGUGAUACUUUUUUUACACUUAGGUAUGGACCAGUUUCAGUUUUUAACUUUAAGAACUGGAACUGUUGGAAAACUUUCGAAAUGAAUUAAAAAGAAGUUUUAUAUUCUAUUGAAGAAAAGGCAGGUAAAACUUCAAAAUUCGUUUAAUAGGAACGCUUUUUGACGUUGGAAUUUAUGGACUAUAAAUAAUAGAUUAUGAAGCUUCUAACAGGACUGUUUCUGUGAUUCAUAUAACUCACUGACCAUCUCUAUGAACGAGUGGCUCCACUUAGAGAUGUGUGAAAGGUUCAAAAACUAGUGGAAAUUCAGAAGGCUUCAUAGAGAUGGUCAGUGAGUUAUAUGAAUCACAGAAACAGUCCUGUUAGAAGCUUCAUAAUCUA